GUUUCCACCAAGUGGGCGGGGGUUUAUACAGAGGCGUUGCCGCAUACUGUCCUCAGUCAUUGAGAUUAAGUACAGCAGAUUGUCAAACGUCCAUCACAUUUGCCUUUGCUUCUUGCUCAUACCAGCUACUUUGCUUACGUCGAUACCACGAAUCAAAACAAAAACAUGGCCAACUACAUUCACGUACCAGAAGAGGCUCCGGCCGUGCCGAAAAUAGACGUGACAGUAGAGGAGAGAGACUACAGGACCGGUGCGUUGAAGCUGGUCAAGGAGCUGAGACCGAACUGGAAACCAUCAGAGGUCAAAAUGAAGUUUUUCACAGACGGUAUCACCAACAAACUGCUGGGCUGCUACGUGGGCGCGGCCAUGCAGGACGUGGUCCUCGUUCGCAUCUACGGGAAUAAAACCGAGCUUCUGAUCGACCGCGAGAAUGAGGUGAAGAGUUUCCGAGUGCUUCACGCGCACCGCUGUGCCCCGCGUCUCUACUGUACCUUCAACAACGGCCUGUGCUACGAGUUUCUGCAAGGAACCGCUCUUGAACCGGAGCACAUCCGAAGCCAGCCUGUUUUCAGGCUCAUUGCCAGACAGCUCGCCAAGUAUCACGCCAUUCACGCUCACAAUGGCUGGGUGCCCCAGUCGGACUUAUGGCUGAAGAUGGGCAAGUACUUCUCCCUCAUCCCAAAGUACUUCACGGACCCCGAGAAGAAUGCGAGGUUGAACACGGAAGUGCCCAGCCCGCGUUGCCUCCGAGAAGAACUGGUGUGGCUCCAGCAGAGCUUAUCAGUGUUGGGCUCCCCGGUGGUGCUGUGCCACAACGACCUACUGUGCAAAAACAUCAUCUACAACAAGCAGGAUGGAAAUGUCAAGUUCAUUGACUACGAGUACGCUGGGUACAAUUACCAGGCCUUCGACAUUGGCAAUCAUUUCAAUGAGUUUGCCGGUUUGAACGAAGUGGAUUAUAGCCACUACCCCUCGCGGCCUUUCCAACUGGAGUGGCUGCAUUCGUACCUGGAAGCCUACAAGGAGCACAAAGGCCACAGCAACAAGGUGACCGAAAGGGAAGUGGAAACCCUUUACGUGCAAGUCAACCGGUUUGCUCUGGCAUCACAUUUCUUCUGGGCUCUCUGGGCUCUGAUCCAAGCCAAAUUCUCCACCAUUGACUUUGACUUCCUGGAAUACGCAGUUCUGCGCUUCAACCAGUACUUCAAGAUGAAACCCGAGGUCGCCGUGUUGAGCCUACCAGAAUAAGCCCCACCCCGUCCCCGACCCCGCUCCCACUUCUUCCUCAUACUCUUCCUCAGUGCCUCUCUCACGACAAGUAUAGAGCGCCCUCCGUGGGCAGACGCCGGGAAGACUUUUUUUACGUGCGACGCGGGUGAGUUCGGUUCAAAUGGAGGUGGCAGACGCACUCAACAACCCGCUCGAAUGUGAAGCGUUGCAUGUUCAUUUGUAUCUGGGUAAAAGAGGGGAGCACUAAUAGUUACACCUGGAGACUCCCAUGGAAACCCCCCCCUCGAGAGGCGAUGCACUUUGUGUGUCACCUGGAAGCGCGAGUCAAAACAUACUGAACGGCUUUUGUUUUGACGUCCUUGUUUUCAGGCCAGCAUGCCAUGUGCUCCGCCUCCCUAGAGUUGUGUGUGCGUCUUUUUAAGCGUGGAAAGUCAGGGUCAAAACAAUGGUCGGGAGGAGAUCCAAACAAAAGGGCCGUUUCAGCAUUCCGUAUUCAUCAAGCUGCUCGGGUGUCGCUCGGAAUGAGACCAAAGUUUGACUUGUAGCAAAUGUUUAAAUGUGGACAGAGAAAAGUAGGGGCAAAUUUCUUAGGAGGUCAAAACAACUGAUGUAAGGACCAACAGAUAAAUGAUUUAAUGGAGGCCAUUGUGAUUUGAUGUAAGAAAAAUCAACCACUUUUAACAAGAAAAGUGUAUUUUUAAUCAUUGUUUUAAAUUUUGCAAUAAUACAGAGCUUCCUGAGCAAGUGAUUUAAAUGCAACCGUGAAUAGAAUUCUCUCUGCUCAUUUUCCACAGCUGACAAAAUAGAUGAAGUGUUGUUUCGCCAGUGUGCUCUUAUUUUCUACUUGAUAAGGUUUGGAAAUAAGGUCCAUCGUUCGUGCCAGUUAUUAUUGGGGGAGCAGACUUGAAGUCACAAAUCCAUGCAAGAGAGCUUUUGAAAUGUGAAAAGGGGACUGUUUACAUCUAGUAACUGUAACAAACAUCAUCUCCAAAGCAAGAUUUUUAGUUGUGUGAUUUUUUUUUUUUUUUUUUCUAUGUUCUCUCUGGUCAUUAUUGUAUAUUGUUUAUAAUGUACAGUAAUGUUAUAUCUUUGCUCUUUUUUUUUAAAGGUCAUAUUGUAAGUGAAUAGACGUGCAACACUAUUUGAACAUACUGUAAACAAACCUAGAAAAAUAAAGUAUUUACUCUUA